GACAAGGACGAGCCAAUCAUCGCCCCUAUCCCACCACUUCACCAUCAAAUCAUCUACUUCCUCUCAAUCUGGUCCUUCAAAACAAUCCUUAACACCGGCCUCUUCCUCCGCAAACACCUCACCGCUCCCCCAUCAUCUCAACUCACACCCCUUGUAAAACCCUACCCCGUCCGCCCCACGCUCAAGAACCGCAUCUUCCUCCCUCCUUCCCUGGUCCCAAACGCUAAAUACCCAGUCUACUUCUCCAUCCACGGCGGUGGCUGGGCCAUCGGAUCCCCGGAAAUAGAUGAUGGGUUCUGUUCGUCUUUUUGCAGGAAGAAUAAUAUCAUUGUUGUUUCUCUCGAUUACAGAAAAUCGCCCACGUAUAAAUUUCCGUUCGCCGUGACGGAUACCACGGCGCUUGUUCUUGCCGUAUUGGCUGAUUCUUCGCUACCGAUUGAUGGGGAGAAAAUUUCUAUUGGGGGAUUUUCUGCUGGGGGUAAUCUGGCGUUUGCUGCUUGUCAGGAUGAGGAAUUAAAGGGGAAGAUUAAUGGGUUGGUGGGGUUUUAUCCAGUGCUGAAUUCGGCGGAGAGUAGAGAGACGAAGGAAGAUAGAAGACCGAAGGGAGAGGAUGUUCCGAGGGAUGGGGUCGCGUGGUCGGCGAUGUUUGUUGAUUGGGGAUAUGUGCCUCAGGGGCAGGAUAGGCGGGAUCCCUUGUUGAGUCCGAGGUUUGCGGGGAGAGAUGUGUUCCCGGGGAACGUGUAUUUGGUGGGUGCGGAGUGGGAUAUGUUG